UGCAUUGCGCGUACCAGCGAACGAGACGGGUGACAUGAGUGGAAGAAGCGGUUAAUGGUUACAAACCCGGAAUCAAGUUGUUAUAAAAUACAGUUUUUUGUCGUAAUAACCGCAACAAGAAUAACAACAUGGCCCCCGGCUAAACAUUUAACUCACAAUUUAAGCGGAACGGGGGAAAAAACUAACGUGACUGUGAGUAGGAAGUGACGAACGUGAGCUACCGUAAAACGUUCUGUCGUAAAUAGCCUACUGUCGUAAAUAGUCUACUGCCGAAGCCAAUAACUGGAUUACAAUGUAAUGUUUAUAUAAUGUAUAUUAUAUGGCAGUUCGCCUGAGAAUAUUUUUAAAGGCCAUUCAUUUCCACGUGUAAAGAAAUAAGGUUGAGUCAUGUCGUUCCCUCAGCCCAGACCUCAGGCCCCUCAGCUCCCGAGACUUCUGCUCAGGACCAUCGACUGUAAGCAAGGAGCAGUCAGGGCGGUCCGCUUCAACGCCGACGGUAACUACGUGCUGUCCUGCGGCAGCGACAAGUCCCUGAAGCUGUGGAGCGUGAGCCGCGGCACGCUGCUGAAGACCUACAGCGGCCACGGCUACGAGGUGCUGGACGCCGACGGCUCCGACAAGACGCUGAUCCUGUGGGACGUCGCCACGGCGCAGGUCACACGCAAACUCAGAGGUCACGCCGGGAGGGUGAACUGUGUCCAGUUCAACGAGGAGGCCACCGUCAUCCUGUCGGGCUCUCUGGACGGGACGGUCCGGUGCUGGGACACGCGGUCCCGGCGCUUCGAGCCCAUCCAGGUGCUCGAUGAGGCUCGAGACGGCAUCAGCAGCCUGAAGGUGUCGCAGCACGAGCUGCUGACCGGGUCGGUGGACGGCUGUGUGCGGCGCUACGACCUGCGGAUGGGGCAGCUGCACGUGGACUUCGUCAGCAGUCCCAUCACGUGCGUGUGCUUCAGUCAGGACGGUCAGUGCACGCUGAGCUCCAGUCUGGACUCCACCGUCCGGCUGCUGGACAAGAGCACCGGGGAGAUGCUGGGGGAGUUCACGGGUCACAAGAUGAAAGGCUACAAGCUCGACUGCUGCCUGUCCAACAAGGACACCCACGUGCUGAGCUGCUCGGAGGACGGACACGUCUACUGCUGGGACCUGGUGGAGGGCUCGUUGUCCCUGAAGCUGCCGGUGGGGAAAGCCGUGGUCCAGUCGCUGUCCUUCCACCCGACGGAGACCUGCCUCCUCACGGCCAUGGAGGGGUGUGUCCAGGUGUGGGGGGUGGAGCCGGAGGAGGAGCCGGAGGAGGGGGGCGCCGUGGCCACGUAG